AUUAAUUUUACAUUAUGAAUAUCUUGACUCUAGUAACCAUUUUUGUGACACUUUUUCUAUGCGUGGAUUCAAAUAUAAAUGAAAAGUUACCAAUAAAAAAUGAAACUCUAUUCGACUUGACAAUAGAAGCAAGUGAUGAUGAAAAGGCAUCUUACCGAAAUUAUAUAUCUAUAACUAAAACCCAUGUCAGAUUUAUGCUCGAUUAUAGCAAACAAACAAAUUGUAAAACAUGUCACAAUAGAUAUAGAGAAAGAAUCAUUGACGGUUAUUGUGGCAGACCUCAUACUGGUAGUAUAAAUGAUCAUAAGCUGUUGAGACAAAUCAACGACGAACAGGGACCUAUGUUCUUAUUCAAUAAUGAUAUCAUCAAACAAGAAAUUCAUAUUCCUACUUGCCAGGUGAAACAAAUUUGCUGUACAGGGGACCAAAUUGGAAUGUCCUCGGCUAAUGCAAAAACUAUCAAAAAUGUCCUAUUCUACAGACCUGCCAUCAAUGGGAAACAAGCUUGUAUAGUGUCUAGAGAUCUUCGAGUUCCAUGUUGUGAAUGCCAAUUGAGAUGCCCCGACCUCAGAAAGGAUAUAAACGUAAAUUAUGUAUCCCAAACAAAGGUUAGUACUUGUACAAAAUGGUGUUGAUUGCCGAGUGACACGAAAUUCUUCAGAAUUUUUCAUAUUUUAUAAAUAUUUAAUUUUUUUAAAUUUAUUUAUUACAUAUGUAAUAUAAUAUAAUAAUAUUUAUGAAAG